CUCUCUCUAAGUACACAUAAGGCAUCUCGCUCUCUCUCUCUGGGCAAAAACGGAGUCAUCUCUCUCUCUCUAGAGGCGCACAAAGGCCAUAAGCUCUUUCUUUUCCCCGCCUUUACUGCACCGACUUUACUGCACCGACUUUCCGGCAAGUCCUGCAGUUUCUGGCAAGUUUUCUGGUCAUGGAUAAGAGGAAGUUUGUUUUCCCGGCAAUGGCCAUGGCCAUCAUGGCCUGUUUUUCCGGUGUCCUCGGACAAGUAGCUCCUUCUGGUUCACCGGACUGCACCUCCUCUCUCCAAAACCUGGUUAACUGUCUGAGCUAUGUGUUGAACGCGACGAACGUUACAACUCCGGAGAGCGGGUGUUGCCCUGCAUUGAGCGAUUUCGUUUCUUCGACGCCAAUAUGUCUGUGUCAGAUUGUCGAAGCGAACAACACAUAUGGCUUGGCGAUCAACAGGACGAGGGUGUUGAUGCUGCCGUCUGCUUGCAAGGUUUCGACGCCGCCGUUGAGCACUUGCGCCGUUGUGGGCAUCCCUGUGCCUGGUCCUAUCGCUCUUAUUCCCGCAGCGGCCGCCCCAACAAAUCCCAUCACCAGAGGAAGAGCUCCAACCCCAACUUCGAUGGCAUCGGAACCAUCGCCGCAAACGGGAUCCCCGGCACCAGAAACACGAUCCCUGGCACCAGAAACGGGAUCACCGGCACCAGAAACACGAUCCCUGGCACCGGAAACGGGAUCCCCAGCGCCGCAAUCAGAGAGUUCCAACAUGCCUCCAGCCUCCUCUUCUACAGAAAGUGUUCCCCCACCAGCAGCUGCACCACCUGAAAACAAUAAGGCAGAAGUGGCUUCUCCAUCACUAGCUAAGUUUAUUAGCUUAGUGGGAUCUGUGGCCUUGGCUUUUGCCCUAAGUUGAGUUUCAGUUUGAUUAGUGGAGCUCUUCAUGUGAUUUGGAGAGCCAUAAAUUUAAAUUUAAAUUGGUUUUGUAGUGGUAAUUUGAUAGAGAGAAGUUUAAUAGCUUCUAACCAUUCAUUCUAUAUGCUUUGUACUAAAAACUUGCCAAUGUGGGUAAAAUGACUUUGAAUAAGAUUUUACGCCAUUGUAGUUUUCAAUUUUCAUGAUAUUGGAAAAAAUUAUAUUUCCUUGUUA